GGCUCAAAUGAUAUGUAAGCUAUUAAAAUGAGUGCACAUUUGUACGAGGUGUCUGUUAUGUGGCUGAGGUAGGUUCUCUACCCUUGAACCACCACUGCUUGUUGUGUCUAAUGAACACAUGUCAAGAUCAACACUUCGUGUGAACGGAGUUCUAAUGAUAUCGUAUUGUCUAGCAGGAUUUCGAGACCAACGUUAGCUAGCCCUUGAUGCUAACAGUCAAGCUAACCCAGAUAGUAUUUAGGUUAAUGUUAUCGCCCGCGGCAGCGAAUUACUAAAAAUGCUCUUUUUAAAAAUUUCUUUCGCGAGAGGAUCGAAGUACCGUGACGAGACGUUACACCAUCUCUGGUGGUGAAAAAAAUGCGUAUACAAAUGCUGUACUCCAACUUUUUGAACACCGUAAUGUCCAGCUUUCAUUCUGCCGGGUUAGAGGGGGCUCGGCCAGCACAGUCGUGUCGUGACGCUUCGGCAUGACCAACUAGUUGGGGUGAAUUUUGUGUGGAUGCGGGCGGAGGAGAGGGAGGAGGAAGGCAGGCUGGAGGCUGGGCCAGCCAGUGGAAUGCUACGUGUCUUGGAGGCCCUUUUUAAAGCCCCCCUCGUCGCCUUUGGUGACCGGAGCAAAAAAAAAAAAAGUUAACGACGACCGAUUGCAGCACCAUCCCGGGCCCCGUGAGUCAAGCGCAGCGAGUCCGGUGUCCAGCGGCUUCUCCCUCGUCGGAAAUGUCCGGAGUGAAGAAGCCUCGUACGGUAAGAGCCAGAGCGAGUCAAGUUGUCAUGAAACUCACGGAGGAGAACCUCAACAGGUCUACCAAUGUGGUCUACCAGGCCCACCAUGUCAGUCGCAGCAAGAGGGGACAGGUUGUGGGAACCAGGGGAGGGUUCCGAGGGUGCACCAUUUGGCUCACAGGUUUGUCUGGGGCUGGAAAAACUACCAUCAGUUUUGCCCUUGAAGAGUUCCUGGUAUCCCAUGCCAUCCCUUGCUACUCCCUGGACGGCGACAACAUUCGUCACGGCCUGAACAAGAAUUUGGGCUUCUCAGCCACGGACCGCGAGGAGAAUAUCCGUCGCAUCGCUGAGGUGGCCCGACUGUUUGCGGACGCCGGACUUGUUUGCAUCACCAGUUUCAUCUCCCCCUUUACCAAGGAUCGUAACGAGGCCAGGAAAAUCCACGCGAGCGCCGGGCUACCAUUUUUUGAGGUGUUUAUCCACGCUCCCUUAGAGGUGUGCGAGAGCAGAGAUGUAAAAGGACUCUACAAAAAGGCCCGGGCUGGCGAGAUUAAAGGUUUCACAGGAAUCGACUCGGACUACGAGCGCCCCGAGGCGCCGGAGUUGCUGCUGAAAACCGGAGAGCUUUCCGUGAAUGAGUGCCUGGAACAUGUGCUGGAGAUGCUCCGCGAGCAGAACAUUGUGCCGGGUGAGAUCAUGGAGGACGCCAACGAACUAUUUGUACCGGAAAACUUUGUGGAUCACGCCGUGGCCAAUGCGAGCACGUUGCCUACCAUAAGCAUCACCAAGUUGGACUUGCAGUGGGUGCAGGUUUUGGCCGAGGGCUGGGCCAGUCCUUUAAAAGGUUUCAUGAGAGAACGAGAGUUCCUUCAGGUCUUGCACUUUGGUAGCCUCUUGGACGGCGGCGCCAUCAACAUGUCCGUCCCCAUCGUCCUGCCAGUCAGCACCGAGACCAAGCAGGAGCUGGACGGCUGCGCGGCCGUCGCACUGGAAUACGGGGGCUCCCGGGUGGCCAUUUUGCGGAACCCGGAGUUUUAUGAACAUCGCAAGGAGGAACGCUGUGCCCGACAGUGGGGAACCACGUGUCCGCAACACCCUUAUAUCAAGAUGGUUAUGGAGGGAGGUGACUGGCUGGCCGGUGGUGACCUGGAGCUGCUCGAACCCAUCAAAUGGAACGACGGCCUGGACCAGUACCGCUUUACUCCGCGGGAGCUCAAGCAGAAGUUCAAAGACAUGAAAGCAGACGCGGUAUUUGCAUUCCAACUGCGCAACCCGGUCCACAACGGCCACGCUCUGCUAAUGCAGGACACCAAGCGGCGUCUGCUGGAGCGCGGCUACAAAAACCCGGUCCUCCUGCUGCACCCGCUCGGCGGCUGGACCAAAGAUGACGACGUGCCCCUACCCUGGCGCAUGAAGCAGCACGCCGCCGUGUUGGAGGAGGGCGUCCUGGACCCGGCCAGCACCAUUGUGGCCAUCUUCCCUUCGCCCAUGAUGUACGCCGGACCUACCGAGGUGCAGUGGCACUGCAGGGCCCGCAUGAUCGCAGGAGCCAACUUCUACAUCGUCGGCCGAGACCCUGCGGGGAUACCCCAUCCAGAGACCAAGAAGGACCUUUAUGAACCCACGCACGGUGGCAAAGUGCUCACCAUGGCGCCGGGCCUCACCUCGGUUGAGAUCAUCCCCUUCAGGGUGGCUGCCUACAACAAGUCCAAGAAAGCCAUGGACUUUUACGACCCAGAGCGUCACGCCGACUUUGAGUUCAUCUCCGGAACCAAGAUGAGAAACUUAGCACGCAGCGGAGAGAACCCACCGGACGGCUUCAUGGCCCCCAAGGCUUGGAAGGUGCUGGUGGAGUACUACAACUCGCUGCAAAAGGACCAGUAAACCAGUAGAAGUAAAGAGACUUUGUAACUCGUGUGGGUGUUGGGAAACUCUUUGCCAAAUCAAAGUACUUUUUCAAUAACUGAUGUGCAUUCCUUUUAAACUUUCUCCAAUUCAUCAUUCCAUUGUGCAAUUGAACUCCCUUGCCAAUUUAGUCGGCUGGAGUCCAACUCUUUCAAGAUAAAAUAUUUGGAACUUGCUCAGUACAUAUGGAAGAUUAUUUAGUCUACCUAAUAAAAUGGCGAGUGGUCACGAAUCCAUAUGCCAUGUAUUUUUAUACAGAAGUAACCAUAAGAACCUAAUCUAUUUUUAACUUUGAACCCUACUAUAUUUAAUUUCCUAUCCGAAGGCUACAUGGGGAAACUUCAUGUAACACAUUUUAAGUUUAUUUGUAAUCAUUGAAUGAAAUGUCAUCUUCACCAGCUAAAGUGCCUAAAGUUUAUAUUAAAUUAGCGCUCAUGUGUCCUGUCUCAGUACAAUACAGCGUACGUACAACUUCAAAGUGCCUUUUCCCUCAACUUGAUGCGUAUAAACCUUUUCACAAUGAUGUCAACACGUAGGCAGUCUUACAAUCUUCUCUGUAUAAGAAUUUAUUAUAGAUUCUUGACAUCUGGUGGAGCAACAACCCCCAAAAAACCCAACUAAAUUGUGUCAUUGUUUCGAUUGGAGUCAGUGGUGGUCACUGGCACCUAUUGUUUACCAACAUUGUGAAAAAGUCUCCCCUGGUACUCAGAAUGUCUUCGGGGAUGUAUGUGUUGCUGUAAAAGUGGGCAUUCAAAUGUUUGCCAGAUGAGGUGGAAGAAGAUGUGAAUGUAAAAUGCAGUAAUAAAUCAACCUAAUUGGUA